AUGAAGCGUUCAACCCCGAUCGCGGUUUCCAAGUGGAUGUCGUGUUUGUGUCCAUGCCAGGCCCCGGGGUCCGGUCGUGGAAAAAAAUACAACCCUGGACGUCGAUGCCUGGAUCGAGAAAACAAGAAAAAACAAUGCAUCGUCACCAUCAAAAACAGAACUGCCUUAUGCUGUGCUCGCGCCAUCGUGACCAUGCGAGCGCACUGCCACAAAGAUCAAGGAGUGGACGGGUUUCGCGACUGGGAAAAUCUCAAGCGUGGGCUUCCGGUGCAGCAACGACAAGCCCAGGAACUGCAUCAGCAAGCAAGGGUGGCCGAGGGUCCCUGUGGCAUCGAGGAAUUGCGCCGAUUUCAACAGGCGUUGGGGCCCCAAUAUCAAUUGCUGGUGAUGACCCGGAUGAAACUGUUCUUUUUGAUUUUCAAAGGACCCACUGCCCCUCAUCAGAUUCGUUUACUGAAAUCCAAUCAUCAUUUUGAUGGCUGUACGUCGUUUCCUGCCUUCGUGAACCGUUCGUAUUAUUGUGUGGACUGUGAGAGGGGGUUCAACACAAAUGAUCGCACCACUCAUACCUGCCAAGGGACUCGCUGCUCUGCGUGUGGCCGCUUUGACUGUCGGGAUAAUGUACGUGGUACCCGGCCCACCGACUAUUGCACCCUGUGUCACUGCAAGUUUUACGGUGCCUAUUGUAAACGCCAUCAUGUGGUCACCAAGCAAUGUCAAUCGAUCAAAACCUGCCUCAAGUGUCAAGCCCAGUACACGGUCGUCCCCAAUCGACGCCACAAGUGCGGGCACGCCAAAUGUCCUGCGUGUCAAGAAUGGGUGUCCAUCCAGGACCACAAGUGUUACAUUCAACCCGUGGUGGAGGACGAGGAGCCAGAACCAACAGAGGAGGGGGGAGGUUGCAUGGUUACGCCACCCCCUCCCCUGUUUGUUUACGCCGAUUUUGAAGCCAUGCAGAAUGCUGAGGGGGUCUUUGUCGCUAAUUUGUUGUGUUAUUCGUCGACGGAGGAACAGACGAUCCAUGUGUCGGAGGGGGAGGAUUGUGCCCUACAAUUUCUUCGUGAUUUGGAUGACCUGGUCGAUGUGCCGGACAGGGAUGACGAGCGUGAGAUCCUCGUGGUGUUUCACAAUUUGAAAGGCUUCGACGGCAUGUUUAUUUUGCACGAACUGUACCAGCAACAGCGAGAGGUGGUGGACCAACUGACGGUGGGGGCCAAAGUCUUGUCAUUCAAGAGCGGACCCCUCAAAUUCAUUGACUCGCUGUGUUUUUUACCCAUGCCACUCGCCUCUUUUCCAAGCACCUUCAAUUUGACGGAAUUGAAGAAGGGGUUCUUUCCGCAUCUGUUCAAUACCCCCGACAACCAACAGUACGUGGGUCGAAUCCCCUAUUUGGAAUUUUACGAUCCCAAUGGGAUGAUGGCCAAAAAGAAAGACGAACUGACCCGUUGGCACGCUGACCAAGUUCGUCGUAAUGUGUCCUUCCAUUUCCGUCAAGAAAUGAUCGACUACUGCAAAUCGGAUGUGGCCUUGUUGAAAGCGGGUUGUGAAGCCUUUCAGCAAGAAUUUGAACGUCAGGCUGGCUUCAAUCCCAUGGCCAAGUGCAUUACCAUCGCCAGUGCCUGCAAUCUGUAUUGGCGCAAACACCAUUUGACACCCAAUACUAUCGCGGUCGAACCUCUCGGUGGCUGGCGAGGCGGGAAGGUCAACCAAUCCCUCAAGGCCCUGCAAUGGCUCUAUUACCAAGAACACCAACUUCCCAAGCAGGGGGCCAGUGCAGACCGAAUCCGUCAUGUCCGUAAUGGGGGUGAACAAUCCGUCCGGACCCUAGUCAAUGCCUAUUUCGGAGACGGGUACGAUCCCCUGACCCGUACUGUCCACGAGUUUCAUGGGUGUCUCUAUCAUGGUUGUCCCCGCUGCUAUCCCAACAGGCGAGCCAAGCAUUAUGCCACGCCUGAUCGAACCGUGGAGGAACUGUAUCAAGCCACUAUAUCCAAACGUAUGGCUCUGCUCAGAGCGGGUUACACCGUCAUCGAAAUGUGGGAGUGUGAGUGGGACCGUCCUGGUAGACAACGAGCCUGCCGUGUCUCAGUUUCUUCCUUCAUUCGAUCUCGUACCACCCCUGGAACCCCGCGAGGCCUUUUUUGGGGGCCGAACAGGCGCGGUGGCCCUGCAUGCUGUGGCUGGGGAGGGCGAGGAAAUACGCUAUGUGGAUGUGACCUCCCUUUACCCGUGGGUGCACAAGAACUGCCCUUACCCAUCGGUCAUCCGCAAAUCAUCACGCAACCCGUCGAUCAGUCCCUGGGGUCGUAUUUUGGUAUCGCCACGGUGGACAUUCUUCCCCCUGCUGGUUUGUUCCACCCCGUCUUGCCCGUGCGCAGUGGCCAAAACUCACCUUUCCUCUCUGCCGCACCUGUGUCCAGGAAGAGCAGGCCAAACCCAUGUUGAGUCGCAACCAUUAUUGUCCUCAUUCCGAUGCCGAUCGCACGCUACGCGGGACCUGGUGCACGCCCGAGCCGGUCAAAGCGGCGGAAAGGGGGCACACCCUCGUCAGGAUCCACGAAGUCUGGCAACCAUUAUUGUCCUCAUUCCGAUGCCGAUCGCACGCUACGCGGGACCUGGUGCACGCCCGAGCUGGUCAAAGCGGCGGAAAGGGGGCACACCCUCGUCAGGAUCCACGAAGUCUGGCAUUUUCCCCCCGAGCAACGCAGGACGGCUCUUUUUGCUGAUUACGUCAACACAUGGUUAA